CUUUUUUAUCGCACCAAAAGUACUGGUAUUUAAUCAGAUCGUUACUGAUUGACCUUUAGUCUGUUAGACCACUGUAAAAAAGCAGACCGGAAACAGUCGGAAUGCGAGAUAUACUGUAAAUCAAUCUUGGGAAUGUAAGGAAUAUAAUAGCAACGACAGACAUGUUUACAAUUGUAAAUUAUCCUCAAGUUCAUUAUCAUCGGAGGGACGCCUCGGAGCCUCGUCCUGAGAUUAUCAACCAUCGGAAUGAUCCAGACAGUAAAAGAUGGUCCGAGAAGUUGCGGAAUGAAGAGACAACUUAUAAACAUCUGAAACAGCACCGCGAUGAACUUCUAGAAUCAGAGAUAAGAUAUAAAAAGACCAUUAAACAAUUGGAGAAAGAAAAGGCAGAGCUUAUCAAAAUUUAUGAACCUACAUAUGAUGAAAAUAAAGUACUGAAAAGUAUUAUAGAGCACGGACCGGAUGCUGUUAAGAUGAAAAAGUUACGUAAGGCCAGGAAAGAGUUGGGUGAAGAAGUAGAUACACUAAAAGAUGAAAAUAAAAGGUUAACAGAGCAAAUGCAAGAGCUGAUAAAGAAAAAUGAACCCAUGAGAGAUAACUUAUUAGAAAAGAAUUGGCACGAUGUCCUUUCCGAAAGUAAGAAAACGAAAGAAAAUGAAACUGUAGUCGCACAGGGACCUUUUCCCGCAAAAGAUAAUGAAAAGGGUAAGAAAGUCCCGGAAAAGAAAAAUAUGAAGGAAGACGACGAGUAUGAUUUACAAUUAGAUACUGUCGAAAAAGAAAUUCAGAUAUUGUUAAACAAUGUGAAAUAUAUAAAGAAACAGAAAGAAAAACUGGAUUAUGCUAUCUUGAUGAGUAAAGGUGCGAUCGUCAGAAACUCUGUUCUAGAGAAAGCAAUAUAUGACAAACUAGAUGAAGAUUUAACAAAAUUUAAAACCGAAUUGGAUAUUGCGAAAAGUAAACACGAUGAUAUAAAGGAACAAAUUGAACAAAAAGAGGAAGAUAAGGCCAAACUUAAAACAGAUCCUGUAAUUAAUUCUGAUAAUAAAACAGGAAGUGAAAAAACGAUGGUUUUAGAUCAACCUGAAACGUACACAACAAGAGAAACACAAACGGAAACUUUAACUGAACAGAAACCUGUUGAAACAGACCAACAUAAAGUAAAGAAAAAGCGAACAAUAAAAUCAAAUUCAAAUAUUGCUGUACAGACCGAUUUCCCAAACGUUUUAGAUUUAAAGAGCAUAAACCAAGAAGCUAUGAAAUAUAUAGAACAGUAUGAAAUCAAGAAAUCCAAAAUACAUGAAGCUAAAUUUAGUAUGUCAGAGAAAGUGUCUUCAACUCAAACGCGUAAAAACUAUGCAAAGAAAUUGGUAGUUAGGCGACAAGAAAGUCCAAUGAUGGAUCGGACGUCAAAUGAUAGUAUGAAACAAAUAAAUAAGGUAUUUCUUAAUAGAGUAGAUCAACCUCGCAAGAAAGUUCAGAUGCCAACUAACGCACAGAAGAGAAUGGACGAGGCUUUAUAUGCGAGGGAAGAAGAGAAUGUGGACAUAGUCGACAGGUCAGCAAACAAGGAGAAGAAAAGAAGUAAGUCACUUGCUGCAACUGGUGGUGAUAGCGCUAACAGAGUUGUGAAACAAAUUAACAGUCAAGGGAAAAUCAAAGAUAAACAGCAGCUACCGACUAAAGACGUAAGCCAUACAGAAGAAACAGUUCCAAUGAAAUCAAAUCAGAAACUAAGUAAAAUGAACAGAAAUACGCAUGUUGAACAUUUGCCUAGACUUAGAAAUACAAACAUGUCCUAUGCACAAUCAAAUUUUCAAAAAUCCAAGAUUGAACCAAAGAGUGUUGAUCAGUUGAAGAGGGAACAGGAUAUCUAUGAUUAUGAAAACAUGAUUAUGAACCCAAAAGCAAAUGUUGCGAAUCCAGCAGGAAGACUGCAAAAACCUAAACUCGAUCGAAACCGGCUUGGUAAUAUAAAACAGUCAAGAUUUAAAUCAAAAAGUAGUUUAGAUAUCAAUCAAGCAUCGACACAUUCUAGAGCAUCUGCUAGGAAACAUAGGCUACCUGUUACUUUACCACCUAUAGAUAGGAUUUCAAUAAGGUCAGGAUCUGUAGACUCGUGGAAAAGCGAAAGCGACUUACCCGUCUUCUCAGAGAGUGAAACUGGUUCAAUCAAACCGAUAAAAGAUUUCAAAUUAGUCAUCAAAAAGAAGAAGAAUUUAAUGCAUUUAAGAGGUGUGCUUGACGGAGAGGUUAUUGAGAAACGAGACGAAAGUGCGUAUGAUGAGGUGCUGCAUGAUCUGCACAACCAACAAAAGCAGUCUGCAAGGGAUGUUUAUCAAGAAUUUAAUAACACGGUGCAUAAUUUUCGCGAUAAAAAAUAUAACGCUAAUGAGAAGCAAAAACAUACGAAGAAAAGACACGAACCUCCUUCAGAUAUCAUAGAACAGGCACCAUUAACAUUUAUAGAAAGACCAUCUUUGGAAAGGGAAUUAUAGUAGAAGUAGAAAAAGACACCAAUAAAUU